UAAAAUUCCAACUUUUUUCCUUACCAUUACAACAUUCAAAAUCUCCAGUUUUUGACAUUCUUAGUACCAAAACUUUUGUCUAUUGUGCAGUGUAUCUACAAAGACAUGUUUUUUACUUAUCCAAUAAAUUUGUACGAGCUCAAUAUAUUACUCAAAAUUCUGGUAUAUAUGUUGUUCACUCAAUUAGCAGGUUCGUGUUACAACUUCCAUUUGAAUUAUUGUGAACAAAAUUUAGAUACUGAUAUGCUAAGUUGUUUGAUGACAAUUAGUUUGUACAUAUUUUCUUAGGCAUAUGAACUCAAUCGAAGUCACAUGCAUGUGACAAUGUGCAUCUAUGGGUUUAUAUCUCAUCACAUUGGAAUGCACUUUUCAGGUUGAUGAAGUAGGUCUAGAGGAGGUACCUGAUGUUAUUCAAAAUUACCACUUAUGUAUAGUGAAAAAUCGACUUAUAGACUCAGAUAUCAUUGCCAAGGCAAGUCAGAUGAAGGUCAUUAUGCAAUAUGGUGUUGGAAUAGAAGGUGUCGAUGUAAAUGCUGCUACAGAACACAAAAUUAAAGUUGCACGGAUAAAUGGCAGUACAACAGGAAAUGCGGUGUCUUGUGCAGAAAUGGCUAUCUAUCUUACUCUGGGUAUCCUACGGAAGCAAAAGAUGAUGGAUACUGCUGUGAAACGUAAGGACCUGGGCAGUCCAGUUGGAGAUACAAUAUUUGGAAAAAGAGUCCUUAUCUUGGGAUUUGGAGCUAUUGGAGUAGAAAUUGCCAAGAGGAUAAGACCGUUUGGAGUAAAAAUUCUUGCCACCAAACGAAAUUGGUCAGCUGAAACAUUGCCAUGUGAUAUAGAUGAAUUGGUCGAUAAGAAAGGUGGACCAGAAGAUAUGUAUGAAUUUACUGGAGAAGCUGACAUAGUUAUAACAUGCUUGCUAUUGUCAAACGAAACAGUUAGUUCUUCUAUUGGUGUAUUUCUUUAUUUCUGUUAGAAAGCCUCUACUUCAAUUUCAUUACUAAAUAAUGAAAUUUAUAGGUUGGGAUUGUGGACCAUAAGUUCCUCUCCACAAUGAAAAAGGUGUAUGCAUUUUGUUCAUGUCAUUUUUGUGCAUGUAACAAUACUUUUAGGUUUUAUCUCGUUCUCCAUAAUGAGUAAUUGAUCCUACAAAAGUAGUGUUAUUGUUCUAUAAUUUAUUCUAGCGUAAAUUUGCUCUAUCAUAUAUAUAUUGUUCUUACAAGAUAAUCUGCAACAGUAUACUACGACGAUGUUGGAUAAUAAUGUUAUAAUAUAUUCGAUCAAAAAGAUAAUGUUAUAUUAUUGUAGGGAUCAUAUCUGGUCAAUAUUGCAAGAGGACACAUACUGGACUACGAUGCUGUGUUUGAUCACCUGAAAUCGGGCCAUUUAGGUGGGUUAGGCAUUGAUGUUGCUUGGACAGAACCAUAUGAUCCAGAGGAUCCAAUUCUGAAGUUCUCAAAUGUUAUUAUAACACCACAUACCGCUGGAGUCACAGAAUAUUCUUUUAGGGCGGCAGCUAAGGUUUGCACUAAUUCUUCGAAAUGCCCAUAGCCACUUGACUCAUGUAAUUCUCUACUUCUAUGGUUAAGAUUGUUUUGACCUACAGCUAAGAAUAUAUUAACAUUGUUUUGACUUAGUUAAGAAUAUCACAACACGAUUUGCACUAAUAUCAACUUUCCAUUCUUCUGCAAAGUAUAUAUCCCUAAAAGCGCUGCCUCCAUAGUUUAAGCUUUGUAAUAUCCUGGUCCAAUUAGAAUUUGGCCUGUGUGACCCAUGAGAGUUGUGUGUGCAUGUUUAGUAACACAUUGAGAGCUAGUUUAGUAAUAGUGGAACCAACUUAUAAGUGUUUGUCCCUCCAACCUUAUCACUCACGGGCAAAACCUUUUAUACGAAGCGAGGAUGAAAGUAUUAGUGGGAUGAUAUGUGUAAGUGGGCCUGUCCGUAGGAUGGGUUGGCUACAUGGUUUUGGAGGGAGGGAGCAUGGCACAUGUGAACUUUGUGUGAGGCACAUGGCAUGGCAUAUGGCGAUGGCACUAAACACACGGAUGUGUACUAAGAAGGAGUGUGUUCCUAGACAUUUGCCUAUAUGCAUGUGUGGCUAUGUGCGUAAGUUGGAUCGACGGAGACGUCAGGUCCUUUGAGGAGGGGUGACAUCCUGGCCUAAUUAGA